AUGCUCUUCUUCUCCUUCUUCAAAACCCUCGUCAACCACACAGUAACCAUCGAGCUCAAGAACGACAUCUCGAUACGUGGCACACUGAAAUCCGUUGACCAAUACCUGAACAUCAAGCUCGAUGAUAUCCAGGUGCUCAACGAGGAUAAAUAUCCUCAUUUGAGCAGUGUCAAGAACGUCUUUAUCAGAGGAUCUGUGGUGCGGAGGGAGGCGGGGCUGGCGAAGCAGGGUGGAGGACAGGGAAGAGUCUGA